GAGACUGAAACUGGGAAAGUGGGUGGAAAGCGACGGAAAAGUAAUGCGCACAAAUGGCAUUUUAACGUUUUAACGUGUAGUGAAGCUGCAGUAAUAUACUCGACUGAAGCCAGGAAACAACUGGAAACCUUCACCGACAGGCCAUCGGAAACUCUUAUGCAAGACAGACACUAAACAGCUGGUCUUCAAUGCAUCUAACAAGACCAAAGUCCUCCAAAGGACGAAGCAGGCCUGCUGUCAACAACACAGACAGCAUCCAGAGGACACCUGUGUCUCCGGAGUCUCCUGCACACAGCAGGCCGGACAGAAACCUCCGCUCCCAGUCCCAGCCCAUCAUGUGGCAGACCAGCCAUCUGAGCCAGGAUGAAGUUCUGCACAUGCUGCAUCCACCACAGUCCUUGAACAAGUACAAAGUCCUGCCAUCCAUAGAGAGGAGGCGGUCAGAGGUGAGUCCAGGGAGAAGCCUGGACAAAGACAUGUCCAAGCUCACCCUGUCUGAUGGUGCUAUCCUGCAGCAGGAGCCGGAUCUCCCCACAGCACAGACCAGCACCUCUGAAGGGGACACCAGGGCUGAUGGGCCAUUCAGGACCUGGCCAAUGCCACUAGACCCAGGACCAGUAACGACCACAGCAGCUGGUGCCUGUGGCAGUUUGCUGUUGGCCAUCAGAGCACCGUGUGGCAGGAGGUUCCAGCAGCACUUUGAGCCUACAGACACUCUGCUGAUGGUGAGAGCCAGUGCAGAGGCCAGGUAUGGAGCCAGGUACGGAGAGGCCUCCAUUGAGACUAUGGAUGUGCCACGGAGGAGCUUCACAGACAUGGAUAUGACUUUGGCCCAGUGUGGCAUCUUGAACAGAUCAGUGCUGUGCAUUUCUCAGAAUGACGGCUGUGUGGUGGAGCACGACUGAAAUGAAAUCAUUUCGAGGUUCUCUUUUGCAGUUGACAUUUGCCUCUGUGGUGGAAUUUAAAGCCCCCCUCCAUUGUUAUUUGGAUGUUUCUCUGUGCUCACCUUAAAUCAUAAGUUUAAGAUGUUUAAAUACAAGCAUGAUCUGUGGAGCCAAUCCUGGUCCAAUAUGCAAUUCACAGAAGUGUGAAGUGUGGAAACUAAGAAUUAACUUUUCUUUUGAGCAGCAGGCAUCCUGUGUCCAGUGGUUAAACUUUUCUAAACUAAAAAUAUGGUAUUCAGAAAUUCAGAAUUUUUCAAUAAGGGAGUCAUUGAAAGUUAAUUGAACUUUGUUGUGGAAAAAACAUAUUUGACUCUGUCCAUGUAUGUCUGGAGGGGAUUUUUAACAAUACACAGCUCUAACACAACUAUAACUUUUAUUGGCUGAAGCAACUUCAGUUUCAAUUUCAUGAAAAUGUAUACUGUAUGCCUGGAUGUAACCACAGCUGGCCUAUGAGGACAUUUAUGUUCUGUUUCCUCACAUUAUCUUAAUCACAAUAGCAGGAAAAUACCAAAUUCAUUACUGGGAUCUGCUUUCAGGUAUCGAUGUAGAGAAGAGAACCUGGUCUCACUGUGUGAUGGUUGCAGUUGACAGCUGACGACAACAGGGUUUCCUUAAGUUUAUUUGCUGCCAUUUUCCACAUCUGUUUUUCAUGGUUGAUGUUCUUAUAUGCCAAAUAAAGUCUUUAACUAGGAUGCACUAGAUUAAUAUGAGAAAUGAUCACACUUUACUUUAUAUUACAACCACAGCCCUGCUUUCAAUGUGUGUAAACAUGAAUACAUAAAGUUCUGAACUAUACCCUCCUUCUUAACAAACUUCUUCUCUACAUGUCGAGUUAUUACUCCGGAUAAGAGGAAUCAUGCAGUUCAAAAAGGAAAAGAAUGAAUCUGUUGCUAGCACCGAAUAGAAAAAUAGUGUUUUUCACAUUCUGAAAGGUCCCAGUGGGAAAAACACAAUUAAAACUAAUGAAUUCAAGACAGAAGACAAUGUUAAUAUUUAACUAGUUUUCCUCUCUAUAAAGGAGUCAAAAUGGCUGCUGUCAAAAAGGCCAGUUUCAAAUGCCUCUCACUCUGAGCAGGUAUUUCUUUUUACAUUUUUUCCACUGAAUGGAGUGACAAAAUGAUCUGUGUGAAAAACUAAUCACAUCCUUCAUCAUAAACUUAACGACUCCUCACUCUGGAAAAUGUAUUAAAACAAUCAAAGUGCACAAAGAAUUAGGAAGUUACAGGUUUCUAAUCUUUUGAACAUAUUGUAAAUUUUCUGAAGAAAUAUUUUUUUUUAUUGUUUAAUAAACUGCUUCUGAUUCAUUCUUUUAGAUACACCCCAUGUAAUGGUGUUACUUGAUAAGGUGCCUGUCCUCUGUCAUACAACAGCACUUCAACAGUAAUAAACUGUCUGAACAGG